AUGAAUCCUGAGGCCAAGCUGACCAAACGCGUACGUGGUGGACAUGUAGACGUUCACCCGUUUGAAAAGGCACUGGUUGUUUUCUACGAAGCGGAGGCCACAAUACUCGGAGAGUUAGGAGAUCCCGUAAUUGGGGACAAGAAACAAUGCCGGAAAAUAAUUCGUCUUAAGAACUUAACUAAGCAGACGGAUUUAUCAGCGCUUGCGAAAAAAAUAGUUGACACAUGUGAUCUUAUCUCACCAUCAAAAUUACCAGAAAUCGAGCACCUUCUUAAAUAUCUUCUUAAAAGGAAUUCAAAAAGUGCAGCGCCGGACAUGUCAACAGCCACAAAAGAGAAGCUAGCAGAUCCCGGAGCUUUCGAUUCGGCACAGAUUGACGAGACUGCUCACAUGACUGACGUAGAUGAUUACCUUGAUCUACUCUAUGAAGAUACGCCAGAGAAACUACGCGCGUCCGCGUUAAUUCUGCAGCUAGCCAGAAAUCCCGACAACUUGGAAGAAUUGUUUAACAACGGAGCAUUGUGUAUGGACAUUCUGGAACACGAGAUGCACAAUCACGCUGUUUGCGUGGAGGAACUGAGCAAAAAGCGGCUUGAACUGGGCGAAUUGGAUUCCGCCGAAUUCAGGCUGCAUGAGGACAACUUCCGUGUUCUUGUUAAUAAACAGGAGCAACUUUUUAGAGUGGCCAUCUACCUCCUGCUGAACAUCGCUGAAAGUGUCGAGGUUGAGGAGAAGAUGCGUCGCAAGGGCAUUGUUUCGCUUCUCUGUCGCUGCUUGGAUCUACAAAACUGCGAUCUCCUUAUUCUAGUCACGUCUUUCCUGAAGAAGCUCAGCGUGUUUCAGGAGAACAUCAACGACAUGAUUGCCAACAACAUUGUGCAGAGACUGGUUGGCGCGCUGGCCAUCCCUCAGCCCGACCUCACUCGGAUUACUCUGUGCCUCUUUCACAACCUCGCCUUUGAUCGCGAACUUCGAGCUGCCAUGGUGGAGGAAGGCCUUCCACAAAAGCUUGGUUGCUUUAUUGGCGAAGAUGUUGAUCCUUCUUGCCAGAAUGUCGUUCUUCGCAUCCUCUACCAACUCAGCACAGAGGACAAGUACAAACUUGUGGUUGCCGAGUCUGGAUGUCUUCCUGCAUUGAUGCGCGUGAUUCUGUGCAGUUCCGAGCGCUGCUCCGAGCCGGAGUGCGUGGCGUUGGUCAUCAACUUGGCAUGCGACCGCACCGCUGCCCGAAUGAUCGGCGAACCACGGGGCAUUCGAUUGAUGCUGAAACGCGCCUUUUCUCACCACGAUCCCCUUCUCAUGAAGCUCCUCCGCAACCUCUCCGAGUUUGACGAAUUGAAACCGAACUUUGUGGACUUUUUACCGAACAUGGCUACCGCGAUAGUCACUCUUGAUGUCACACCAACGCCUGGAAGUGGCUUAGUUCUGGCGGAGCACUUUCUACCCCAGGAGCAAUUGUCCACGGCUAAUUUAGAGCUGGACUACGCCGUCGAUUCUGAGGGCGACGACGACGAGGACGACUUCGAAGACAACGAGAGGUCCUUUGCGGUGGAGUGCCUCGGCUUGCUAGCCAACCUGCGACUCGAAGACUUAGAUAUCAACCUCGUUCUCGAUGACCUGAAGCUGCUACCGUGGAUUCGGCGGGGCCUUGAACAAGUCGACAGGACGCCUCCCAACGACGACAUCCUUCUAGAGACGAUCAGGCUAGUUGGAACAGCAUCCUGCGAUGAGGAGGCAGCCAAAAUGUUGACUCUACAGGGAGGCACGGUGGUGCUAAAUCUCAUUUCAUUUCUAAAUUCCAGACAAGAGGACGAUGAAAUAGUCUAUCAAAUCCUCCGCGUAUUCUACCACCUCCUUCUGCACCAGGAAACAAGGCAAUACCUCAUUACCUCAACUCAGGUCCCGAAUUACGUCAUGGAUCUGAUGCACGAUAAAACUGCUGCCAUUCGGAAAAUUUGCGAUGUUGUCCUGGAUAUCAUCUCGGAACACGAUGAGACCUGGGCAAGGAUGGUGCAGAUGCAGCGCUUCAAGUGGUACAAUAGUCAGUGGCUCAAGGUGAUUGACACCACGGAGAGCCGAGAACCCGGCUGGUACUCCCCCACUUCCACACAGUCCAGCGAUGGUGACGGCGACUACAUCGACGAGGAUCACUGUCUGAUGGCUGCCAAUCUCCUUGAAGAUGCUGCGAGCUGGUUCGCGCCUCCGCCACAGCCACCACCUACGUCUACCGCAACCGAUCUGCCGCAUGCAGACCCCCAGCUCAAACUCGACCUCUUCAAUGUACCCACGUACUUUACCGGUGAGUGCUAA